AUGAAAAUGCCAAGGGCAGCAACCAUUGCUGGGCUUCUAUCCAUUGUUAUUCUCAUUUUAAGAUGUGAAGCUAUGGUUUCAAUCUCAUGCCCCAAAGUUAUUAAGGAGGUCUUACCUUGCAGUAGUUUCCUGCAGCAAAGCAGCUCUAAACAGCCUUCUAAGGCUUGUUGCAAUGGCAUCAAGAAACUGAGUGGUGAUGCUGGAAACAAAAAGGAUCGAAUAGCUAUAUGCCAAUGCCUCAAGCAAGGAUUGGCAAAGAUUGGAAAAUAUGAUCCUAAACGUUUAGCCCAACUUCCCAAAGAUUGUGGCCUGCCUUUUACACUUCCUCCUAUUGACCAGAAAACUGAUUGCUCCAAGAGUAUUUAUCAUCUUUAUGAUUAA